AUGAUUUGCCGUCCCUUUGGAAAUCCGGGGCAGCUCAAAACGGCGCCUUACAACUACAGAUGGGGGGGUCACUCGGCCAAAGCUUGCGUCGACUUUGCAGGGCGCCGUGAUUGUUUAUCUGCGGGGAAGUUGCACACGUUUUCCAAGGCCGAGACUGCGGGAUCCGCGGGCGCACACUGGGGUAAUCUCACGACGAUCGACAACCUGGGGAAGCACCCCGCGGGCGCCGUCACCGGACCAUUAUCGGUCGGGAGAAUAUAUGAAGUGGUGGGGGGAAGCGUGUUGGACAUGGACGAUUCUUCCCCAGAGACGCCCAGAAUGCCCACUAUCCGACAUUUCGCUGCGGCGCUGGCCGUGGCCGCCUUUGCCGCCCCAGCAGCCGGCCUCGUGGCAAAGACGGCUGCUGGUGAUGGGACGUGCACGAAGACGACGGUUGCGAUUUUAGGCGGUGGUAUGGCUGGCAUCGCUGCAGCGCAAGCACUUGUGAACAACUCGAUUACGGAUUUCAUGAUUCUCGAGUACAAUGACAGGAUUGGCGGUCGCGCGCAACAUGCGAAUUUCGGGAAACAGAAAGAUGGUUCGCCCUACGUGAUUGAGCUGGGCGCGAAUUGGAUACAGGGCCUCGGCCACCCUGGUGGACCUGAAAAUCCCAUCUGGACUCUUGCCAAAAAGCACGGGCUGAAGAACACAUACUCCAACUACAGCUCCAUCCUCACGUACAACGAGACGGGCCCGUCCGACUACGCGGACCUGCUCGACAGCUACAGCACGGCAUACGCGACGGCUUCGGCGCACGCCGGACGCCUCCUGGCGGAGAAUCUCCAAGAUCAGACGGCGCGUGCGGGUCUGGCAUUGGCGGGAUGGAAUCCGAGGCACAGCGACAUGGCGGCCCAAGCCGUGGAAUGGUGGAGCUGGGUCAAUCUGUGGCAUUGUUACAGAUGCACGAUUCCCAUCUGCAAGAAGCCCCUUGUUACAGAUUCACCAUCCCCAUUCUCAUCUGCAAGCUGGCCCACCUCGCUAACAUCCCCCGGAUCAACAGACUGGGAGAGCGCCGUGCCGCCCGAGCAAUCAUCACUCAUCUUCGGCGUCGCCAGCUCCAACCUGUCCUUCCACCAGUUCAGCGACGAGAACAACCUCGUGAUUGACGCGCGCGGGUACAGCUACAUCAUCGAGCAAGAGGCAUCCACCUUUCUGGCCGCCGCCGACGACGCGCGCCUGCGCCUCGGCAACCACAUCACCAACAUCAGCUACUCCGACGACGGCGUCACGGUGCACAGCGCCGACGGCAGCUGCGUGGCGGCCGCGUACGCCAUCUGCACCUUUUCCGUGGGGGUGCUGCAAAACGACGUGGUGGGCUUCGCGCCGGCGCUGCCGCGGUGGAAGCGCACCGCCAUCCAAAAGUUCACCAUGGGCACGUACACCAAGAUCUUCCUGCAGUUCAACGAGACGUUUUGGCCGCGCGACACGCAGUUCUUCCUGUACGCGUCGCCCACGCGCCGCGGCUGGUACCCCGUCUUCCAGUCGCUGUCCACGCCCGGCUUCCUGCCGGGCUCGCACAUUCUCUUCGUCACCGUCGUCGCCGACGGCGCGUACCGCGUCGAGCAGCAGACGGACGCGCAGACGCGCGACGAGAUUAUGGCGGUGCUCCGCGACAUGUUCCCCGGCGUGCGCGUGCCGCACCCGACGGCCUUUCUGUACCCCCGCUGGACAAAGGAGCCGUGGGCCCUCGGCAGCUACUCCAACUGGCCCGCCGGCACCACCCUCGAGAUGCACCAGAACCUGCGCGCCAACGCCGGCCGCCUGUGGUUCGCCGGCGAGGCUACGAGCGCGGCGUACUUUGGCUUUUUGCACGGCGCGUGGUUCGAGGGCCGCGAGGCCGCGAUCCAGAUCGCCGCCGUGUUGCAGAGCAGGUGUCUGCAGGUGUACGAGGACGCGCAGUUUUGCGGCGAGACGAGACCGCAUUAUGACGGCCUGCAUGGAACGUCGCCGCUGCACCACUAUAGCCUGCUCAAUGGCUGGGCGACGAGCAGCUUCGUCUCUGGUGCGGAAUAG